AUGGGGUGCGGCACGGAGUACAGAUCAGUGGUUUCAUUUGGAUCCAAAAACAGAGCUAUUGGCGUCUCGGCUAAAAACCAGCAAAUUACUCAUGCCCACAACACAGUAUCUAACUUCAAGAGAUUCCAUGGCCGUGCAUUUAAUGAUCCUUUUGUUCAGAAGGAAAAAGAAAAGUUGAGCUAUGAUUUGGUUUCUAUGAAGAAUGGUGGAGUUGGAGUAAAGGUCAUGUACAUGGAUGAGGAGCAUAUCUUCAGUGUGGAACAGAUUUCAGCUAUGUUAUUGACUAAAUUAAAGGAGACUGCGGAGAGUAACCUGAAAAAGCCAGUAACAGACUGUGUUAUUUCUGUUCCAUCGUUUUUCACAGAUGCUGAAAGGAGGUCCCUUCUGGAUGCAGCUCAGAUUGUUGGAUUAAAUUGUCUUAGAUUAAUGAAUGACAUGACAGCAGUGGCUCUGAGUUAUGGAAUUUAUAAACAGGACCUUCCAGCUCCUGAAGAGAAGCCACGGAUAGUUGUGUUUGUUGAUAUGGGACAUUCUGCAUUCCAAGUAUCAGCCUGUGCAUUCAACAAGGGUAAACUAAAGGUACUUGGUACAGCAUUUGACCCUUUCCUAGGUGGAAGAAACUUUGAUGGAAAGCUAGUAGAUUAUUUUUGUGCAGAAAUAAAAGCAAAGUACAAACUGGAUCCAAAAGCAAAAGUUCGAGCUCUACUUCGUCUGUAUCAGGAAUGUGAGAAGCUGAAGAAACUAAUGAGUUCAAAUAGCACAGACAUUCCCCUAAAUAUUGAGUGUUUCAUGAAUGAUACUGAUGUAUCUGGAAAAAUGAACAGGUCACAGUUUGAAGAAUUGUGUGCUGACUUGCUGCAAAGGAUAGAGAUGCCUCUGCUUUCAUUAAUGGAACAAACACAACUGAAAGUGGAAGAUGUAACUGCUGUAGAGAUUGUGGGAGGAGCAACCCGCAUUGCUGCUGUCAAAGAGAGGAUUGCUAAAUUCUUUGGCAAAGAUGUCAGUACAACACUGAACGCAGAUGAAGCCAUAGCUAGGGGCUGUGCUUUGCAGUGUGCAAUUCUUUCUCCAGCUUUUAAAGUGAGAGAAUUCUCUGUGACAGAUGCUACACCAUUCCCAAUAUCUCUGUUGUGGAACACAGAAGCAGAGGACACUGAAGGGGUUCAUGAGGUGUUCAGCAGAAAUCAUGCAGCACCUUUCUCCAAGGUUCUUACAUUCUAUAGGAAAGGUCCAUUUGAGUUAGAAGCUUUUUAUUCUGAUCCUAACGGAGUCCCAUAUCCUGAGUCAAAAAUUGGUAGGUAUGUUAUCCAGAAUGUGGCAGCCCAGAAAGAUGGAGAGAAGUCUAAAGUCAAAGUGAAAGUCCGUGUCAAUACUCACGGCAUUUUCAGUGUGUCCACUGCAUCCAUGGUAGAACCAGUUAAAAGUGAAGAGAGUGAAGAUGUUGGUGUUGAGACUGAAGUGGAAUCUCAGGACCAGAGGCUUAUUGAAAACUCAUGUGAUAAAAAUAUCCAGCAAGAGAACAGUGAGGCUGGAACACAGUCCCAGGUACAAACUGAUGGUCAGCAAACGUCACAGUCUCCCCCUUCAUCAGAACCUCCCUCUGAAGAAAACAAAACCCCAGAUGUCAAAACAAAUGAGAAGAAAGGUGAUCAGCCCCCAGAAGCUAAAAAACCCAAGAUAAAAGUGAAGAAUGUGGAACUACCUAUUGAAGCUAACUUGGUUUGGCAGUUAGGAAAAGAUCUCCUCAAUAUGUAUAUUGAAACAGAGGGUAAGAUGAUUAUGCAAGACAAACUGGAAAAAGAAAGAAAUGAUGCAAAGAAUGCUGUGGAAGAAUAUGUGUAUGAGUUCAGGGACAAGUUGUCUGGACCAUAUGAAAAGUUUGUUUGUGAAAAGGAUCUGCAGGGAUUCUCUGCACUCCUCACUGAGACAGAAGGCUGGCUGUAUGAAGAGGGUGAGGAUGAAGCUAAGCAGGUGUACGUAGACAAAUUAGAGGAUUUAAAGAAAUUAGGUACUCCAAUUGAAAUGCGCUAUCAAGAAGCAGAAGAACGACCGAAGCUGUUAGAAGAACUGGGACACAGGCUCCAGUAUUAUGCUACAAUAGCUGGGGAAUUCAGGAAUAAAGAUGAGAAAUACAUCCAUAUCGACGAAAUGGAAAUGAUGAAAGUAGAAAAGUGUGUUAGUGAAGUUGUAGAGUGGAUGAAUAAUGCUGUGAGUGCACAGGCUAAGAAGAGCUUAGAUCAGGAUCCAGCUGUGCACUCAAGUGAAAUUAAGGCAAAGCUACAGGAGUUAAACAAUGUCUGUGAGCCUGUUGUAACACAACCAAAACCAAAAGUUGACUCUCCUAAGGAAGAAAACCCAUUAAAUGAGCGGAGUGAUUAUAAAACUGAAGACAUGGGAGAAGAAGAUGACAAAAAUUCUGAAAUGCCUCAACAAAAUGGCGAAUGUCAUCCGAGUGAUCAAAACACCAUUAGCAUGGACUUGGACUAAACUACUGCACUAGCAGCAAGUUACUUCAUCCCAUGACAGAAGAUAUUUUUGCUGUCAUAUGUGAUGGGAGGGUGGGAAUGCAUUGUUUUGGGAACUAUUUAUAUUUUUUUCUUAAGAUUUGUCUGGGAUAUGUUGUGUUAUGGGAGGAAGAAUAGUAAUAGUGUUGGUCGUGACUAUCCUAAAAAGAAAAUUGCCUUGGUAACUUUCAGAUUCCUGUGGAAUUGUGAGUUCAUACUAAGCUUCUGUGCAGUAUUUAACCAUUUGCAUCACUAAAGAUGAAAAGAAGCCCUUGCUCUGAAAUAUACUGCUCCUUCAAAAGGUUGUAAUCGAAACCUUCGUAGGCAUUUGUAGAUGCCAAGGUAGUUUUCUUUCAUCUGGACAUCUGAUUGGGUAUGUCAAUAAAAAGCCAGUGUCUGCCCUGUGCAUAAGGACUUUCCAGAAGAAAUCCUUCUGUUCUAAGGUUUUUGAUGAUUGCAGUCCAAAGCACUUACCAGAUAAUAAGAUGGUGAAAUGUGUUAGUAGCAUGCAGAAACGCUUACGUUUCAUCUCUUGCUAAACAAUACAUUUUUCAUGUGGGGUACGUAAAAUGAAGGAAAUGCUAAUUCUGUUAGUGUUAUUGUGAAGCUUUUUAAUGAGCUUUAAAAUAAAGUUCACUUUACUGGUAUCUCCUGACUUCUUUGCUUCGGCUCUUUUCAGUACUUCUGGUGUAAGUGUUGCUCUUCUCAGUUUGUGACAGAACAUUGCUUUGUGAUCCUGGGCGCGAGGGUCAUAAAAAGGCUUAAAACUCUCACACCUAGCACAGAACAGUUGUGCAGUGAGUUGAAAGUAAGUUAACUGCUUAACAAGUUAGGCCUCUUUCUUUUCUUUGCCCCAGGGGCUGUACACACCUGAAAGAACCCAGAAACUUCACAGAUGUUAAGGCAUAGGACAAAAUUUGUAACACACAGAACCCUGUAACCUAGAGAGGGUAAUCUUCAGUUCAGAAUACAAUGUUAAAAC